UAAAUUUUACGGCAUUCUCGAAGCCGCACGGCGCCUGCUCACUGACGCCCACCCCGUGAAUCCAUUAUCCAUGUCCGAGAGCGCACGGCGGAGUCAGCUCUCCUCUCCUUUUCGCUUUCCUCCGAGCCGCCAUUCGACAUGAGCACGAUUCAAGCCGGUCGCUACCCCGUCAUCUUCACAACAGGAGAGUGAUCUAACCGGCAGCCUUAUCCACCGAGCAGCUAGGCGUGGCGGCUCCUCCUCCUCACAAGUUCAUCCCCAUGUAGGCCGCAGCGAAUCAGCUUCCUCAGCCAUUCAUCAUCAUUGGCGAGUCUGUUUCAGGGCGAGAGGUAAAGUCAGUCCACCUUUAGCACGAUCGUGGCCGCGGAGAGGGAAAGAUAGCGCCGGGUUUGUCCAUCUCAGCAUUCUUGCACUUGCUCGCGCCGCCUCUCCUUCCGAUGAUCGAAAGCCGGGAAUCAGAUGAGGGAUGGAGGCGGUAUGGAUGACAACGCGGCAGCGAUGGGAAAUGGGGCUUUUUUUUCUCUCCUUCCCCCGACCGUAUAUUCUGUCCUAUUAGAGCGUUCUUUCUGUGCAUCCGUCUCAGUGUGCUUUGCAGUAACUGCUGCUCGCCUAGGUCACGAGAUCUUGGAAAGCUGCCUUUUUGAUUCGUUUCUCUUCCUUUCCCCCCUUCUAUCUGCUUCUGCUUUCGCCGAAAGAUAAUUCUAUCUGGCCUGCUUGAUCCUGCUAGCGGGAAAACUAGGGUGGGUUAUGCCAAAGAUUGAUUUUGAGGAUCAUAUCUGAAGACCUACAUAAACACCAGAUCUGGGGGUUUCUAAGUGCUUUCGUAUUUAUUGAUUUGUUGCUGUUGUUUUCAGUUGUGCUGAGCUCUGAAAGUUCACAUUUGAGAAUGCUGUAGAGAAAGCAGGUGUUUGUUCUUGAUUGACUCUGUAAUGGGGUGUUUCUAUUCGAGAGGCUGUCUUGGGCGAGUGCCUCACUCCCCGACAACAUCUUAUAGCAAGGGAAAUAGAAUAAAGGGUGUGGAAACUGGUGAUACUUCUUCAGAUAGUGAUGCAGAAAGUGAAGAUCAAUUGAACCAACUGAGCAUAACUAGAGAUUCUGAUGUGGGCAUCAAUCGUCUCUCGAGGGUUUCAUCGCAAUUUCUUCCCCCUGAAGGGUCAAGGAAAGUUAGAGUUCCUGGAGGUAACUUUGAGUUGCGAUACUCUUACCUAUCUCAGAGAGGAUACUAUCCGGAGGCAUUGGAUAAGGCCAAUCAGGACAGUUUUUGCAUUCACACUCCAUUUGGUACAAAUCUGGAUGAUCAUUUCUUUGGCGUGUUUGAUGGGCAUGGAGAAAAUGGAGCUCAGUGCUCGCAAUUUGUGAAGCGGAAAUUGUGUGAAAACUUGCUUCGGAGUAACAAGUUUCAGACAGAUGCCUUCAAGGCUAUCCAUGCGGCUUUUCUUGCAACCAAUUCACAGUUGCAUGCAGAUAGUUUGGAUGAUUCAAUGAGUGGAACCACUGCAAUUACAAUUUUGGUUAGGGGUAGAACAAUUUAUGUUGCAAAUGCAGGUGAUUCUAGGGCUGUUAUUGCAGAGAAGAGAGGGAAGGAUAUUGUAGCUGUGGAUCUCUCAUUAGAUCAGACUCCAUUUAGGAAUGAUGAACUUGAGAGAGUCAAGAAUUGUGGAGCCAGGGUGCUGACGUUGGAUCAGAUAGAGGGCCUAAAAAACCCAGAUGUGCAGUGUUGGGGUACUGAAGAAGGCGAUGAUGGUGAUCCCCCGCGGCUGUGGGUUCAAAAUGCAAUGUAUCCUGGAACAGCAUUCACACGAAGUAUUGGAGAUUCUGUUGCAGAAUCUAUUGGUGUUGUUGCAGCCCCAGAGAUAUUUGUCAUGGAGCUUACUCCACUCCAUCCCUUCUUUGUGAUUGCUAGCGAUGGUGUCUUUGAGUUCCUUUCCAGUCAAACUGUAGUUGAUAUGGUUGCCAAGUUUAAGGAUCCUCGUGAUGCAUGUGCAGCAAUUGUUGCUGAAUCUUAUCGACUUUGGCUACAGUUUGAAACUCGUACAGAUGACAUUACUAUCAUUGUUGUUCAUAUAAGUGGGAUUCCUAAUGCAAUGUCACCUAAAACUGGAGCUGAUAUGCCUCUGAAUCCUUCAGAACAUGUUCAAGAUACAGGUUCUGAAUCCCCACUCACUUUAAAUUGGAACGCCAGGACUCAUCGUGCAAAACAGGAUCCGUCACGCACACGAUUAAAAGCUAUUGAGAGUUAUCUUGAGAAUGGAUAUGCUUGGGCCCCUCCCUCUCCAUCAAAUAGAAAAACGUGGGAAGAAGAGGCGCACAUUGAGCAGGCAUUGCAUGAUCACUUUCUCUUUCGAAAGCUUACAGAUUCACAAAGACAUGUUUUGCUUGACUGCAUGAGAAGAGUUGAUGUGAAGCCAGGAGAUGUUGUCGUGCAACAGGGUGGGGAAGGUGAUUGCUUCUAUGUUGUUGGAACUGGAGAGUUUGAAGUUGUAGCAAUUCAGGAAGAAGAAGGGAAAGAAGUCACCAAAGUUCUACAUCGAUAUACAGCAGAGAAACUGUCAUCCUUUGGAGAACUAGCACUAAUGUACAACAAGCCACUUCAGGCAUCAGUUCAUGCAGUUACUGCUGGAACUCUUUGGUGCUUGAAGAGGGAAGACUUCCGAGGAAUUCUUAUGUCAGAGUUCUCCAAUUUGUCAUCGCUAAAGUUGCUCCGAUCGGUUGACCUAUUCUCCAAAUUGACAAUCUUACAACUAAGCCACAUUGCGGAGGCUCUUAUCGAAGUUUCUUUCUCAGAUGGACAACAAAUAGUUGGCAAGAAUCAACAUCUCUCUUCACUGUAUCUAAUCCAAAAAGGUAAGGUGAGGCUGACAUACAGACCAGAGCUGUUGAGUCCAAACGCAUGCAGUCUUCUUUCCACUCUUUUUGAUCAGGGUUGUCACUUUCAAGAAAACGGUGAACAUGUAGUUGAGAUCUCGGAAGGAAGCCAUUUUGGACAGUGGACUCUUCUUGAUGAGCAUAUUAGUUCUCUCACUGCAGUUUCAGUUGGUAAGGUGGUCUGUUCAGUUUUUACAAAGGAAAACUUCGAUUUGAUAGUUGCUCCUUUGACAAAAACUCAAAACAAUCAUCGCAAGUCGAAGGAUUUCCAAGAUUCUAUGAAAGAAGUCGAACCAAAUUCUGCUUCUGGUGCACACAAUAUUCAGUUCUCUGAUUUGGAAUGGAAGAUGAGCAUAUACUCCACUGACUGUUGUGAGAUUGGCCUCGUCAUUUUAAAUUCAUCUGAUACUAUGCGAAGCUUAAAAAUGUUCUCUAAGAGGAAGAUCAAAGAUCUUGGGAAGGAAGAAUGUGUCUUGAAAGAGAGAGAAUUACUGAAGAGUUUGAGCUUAUUGGCAUUUGUGCCAAAGGUUUUAUGUACAUGUGCUGAUGACUCACAUGUCGGGAUACUGCUCGAUUGCUGUCUCGCGUGCCCGUUAGCUUCUGUAAUUAACUCACCCUUGGAUGAACAAUCAGCACAAUAUUUUGCAGCUUCAGUUAUUGUCGCACUGGAAGAAUUACACAUGAAGUCUAUCCUCUAUAGAGGUGUUUCGCCGGACGUUCUAAUGCUCGAUCGAUCAGGGCGUUUGCAGCUUGUAGAUUUCAGAUUUUCAAAGAAGUUAGAUGGAGAAAGAACUUUCACUAUAUGUGGCAAUGCAGACUACUUAGCGCCAGAGGUUAUCUUGGGAAAAGGACACAAGUUCGCCGCCGACUGGUGGGCUUUGGGAGUACUGAUCUAUUACAUGCUUCAAGCUGAAAUGCCAUUUGGCUCAUGGAGAGAAAGUGAACUCGAGACAUUCGCAAAGAUUGCCAAGGGUCAACUUACUUUACCUCAAUCUUUCAGCAUAGAAGUAGUUGACCUUAUCACAAAGCUACUUGAAGUUGACGAAGCUGCACGAUUAGGAAGUGAUGGUCCAACCUCUAUCAAGAGCCAUUCUUGGUUUAAUGACAUCGACUGGAAAUUAAUCGCAGAUGGCACUUUCCCGGUGCCAGAUGAAGUUAUUACUCGUGCCAAUUCGUACAUCGAAAACCAUGCAGAGGCUGCUACAUUUCCUGUGUCCUCCCCUCAUGAUCUAGCUGAUCUCAAUACUCCAGAGUGGCUGGAGGGUUGGUGAAGCUUUCGCAACAGGUCUCAUCCAAUUCUUCCACUCGUAGCCGGAUUUCCUGGGCCAUUUUUCAAAUGAUCCAUCGGCUGCAGAUGAUCAUGCUCUUCGUCCAUAUCUUCCUGCAGCUAACAUUUCAAAUCUCAAUCUCCGCUUCAGAGUCAUGUUCCAGGUAACCCAAACUUACCAAGGAUUUAGAUUCAUUCGUAGAGCGAUACAUAAUGGAGUUGUACUAGAUUUUAGCUGUUAAUAAGACUGCAAGCAGAUGGGUUAUGAUGAUUUGUGAAUCCUGUUAUAUACAUAUAUAUAUAUAGUUUUGAAAUGUACAA